AUGGCACACAGCGGGUUUACAACAACCCUGUCGGCAAAGUUAUCAGCCAGGAGUGGCAUGAGUCUUCUGGAUCAAAUUCCCAGACUGAGUGUAAUUUCUGGUUGCACACAGCAAGUUAGAAAACGUGUGCAUUCGUAUUCUCGCGGCAGGAUUCCGCAGGCGGGAAGACACACAAGCCUUAUUCAACUCCCUCCAAGAGCAGUCACGGUCUGGUCGCGACUCAAGGCUGAUCUAACUGCUGGCCCGGUCCCUUACUCAGAACUCACUAUUGGUGUACCGGCAGAGACUCAUGCUGGAGAGCGUCGCGUGGCAGUGGCGCCGCAAAACAUCCCCUUGCUCCUUAAGAAGGGCUUCCGUCGCGUGCUCGUUGAGCGUGGUGCUGGCGCCGAAGCUCAAUAUGGAGACGAAGUGUACGAACACAUGGGCGCCACCGUCGUGGAUCGCCAGACCGUGUGGUCCGAAAGCAACAUUUUGCUCAAAGUCCGUCCUCCUAACAUCGAGACUGAAGUUUCCCGAAUUCCAGAAGGCGCUGCCACGAUCUCGUUUCUUCAGCCUGCUCAGAACAAGAGCCUGGUUGAGGCUCUGGCCUCACGUCGCGUGACUGCAUUCGCCAUGGACAUGAUUCCCAGAAUAUCUCGAGCCCAAGCUUUUGAUGCUCUCAGCUCCAUGGCGAAUAUUGCAGGUUAUAAGGCUGUGCUCGAAGCUUCGAAUCACUUUGGUCGUUUUCUGACGGGCCAAGUCACUGCUGCGGGCAAGAUCCCUCCCGCCAAAGUCCUUGUGAUCGGGGCAGGUGUGGCAGGUUUGAGCGCCAUCACGACGGCUCGUCGUCUGGGCGCGAUUGUACGUGGGUUUGACACCCGGUCCGCAGCGCGAGAACAGGUCCAAUCUCUUGGGGCCGACUUCCUCGAGGUCAAUAUCCAAGAGGAAGGCGGUGGAGCUGGUGGGUACAGCAAAGAAAUGUCCAAGGAAUUCAUCGAGGCCGAGAUGAAACUGUUCAUGGAACAGUGCAAAGAUGUGGAUAUCGUCAUCACAACCGCCCAGAUCCCAGGCAAGCCUUCGCCCAAACUCAUCACCGAAAAGAUGGUUAGCGCCAUGAAACCGGGUUCUGUCAUCGUCGACCUUGCAGCAGAGGGCGGCGGGAACUGCGAAGUCACGCAACCGGGUAAACUGACUGUCCACAACCAUGUUACCGUUAUAGGAUAUACAGACUUUGCCUCUCGCCUUCCGACCCAGUCUACGAGCCUCUAUUCGAACAAUAUCACCAAGUUCCUCUUGUACUUGGCUCCCAAGGACAACCAUUUCGGGGUCGACCUUGAAGACGAGGUUGUCCGUGGCUCUAUAGUCACUCACAACGGUCAGAUCCUCCCUACAGCUCCAAGACCAGCGCCUCCGCCAGCACCGGCCCAGCCACAGCCGUUGCUCGAAGCCAAGCCUGUCGAACUUACUCCCUGGGAGAAGCAAACGAGAAACGUGGCGGCGGUGACGGGAGGAAUGACUGCCGCUCUUGCACUUGGAAAACUGACCAGCCCGCUCUUCAUGGGUAGCAUGUUCACUGCCGGUCUAGCUGGGUUGAUCGGUUACCGAUCGGUCUGGGGCGUGAUUCCGGCGCUCCAUUCGCCUCUGAUGAGUGUCACCAACGCCAUUUCCGGCAUCGUUGGUGUAGGUGGAUUUUUCAUUAUGGGCGGAGGGUAUCUCCCCGAGACAGUGCCACAGGUGUUAGGGGCCCUUUCUGUGCUCCUUGCUUUUGUGAACAUCUCGGGUGGGUUCGUCAUCACCAAACGAAUGCUGGACAUGUUCAAACGGCCCACCGAUCCUCCGGAAUAUCCCUGGCUGUAUGCAAUCCCUGGUGUCUUAUUUGGUGGCGGUUUUAUCGCAGCUGCGAGUACUGGCAUGGCCGGGUUGGUGCAAGCCGGGUACCUGGUUAGCAGUCUUCUCUGCAUAGGGUCUAUUUCCGGUCUAGCAUCCCAGGCUACCGCAAGGACCGGCAACUUUAUGGGGAUACUAGGCGUGUUUGCAGGGAUCAUAGCCUCUUUGGGAGCAGUCGGCUUCUCACCAGAAGUGCUGACUCAAUUUGGAGCCAUUGCAACAGUUGGAGGGAUUAUUGGUGCUCUUAUCGGGCGACGGAUCACGCCCACUGAGCUGCCCCAGACAGUUGCCGCCUUGCAUUCGGUGGUGGGCCUUGCCGCAGUGUUUACCAGCAUAGGAAGCGUGCUCGCUCAUGUCUCCGACAUUUCCACCCUUCACAUGGUCACAGCAUAUCUUGGUGUUCUCAUUGGCGGAAUCACAUUUACUGGUUCCAUCGUCGCCUUUCUCAAACUCGCAGGCCGUAUGUCCUCGCGUCCAACCGUCAUCCCUGGCCGACAUCUUGUCAAUGCGUCCCUGGUCGCCGCGAAUGCCGGCACCAUGGGAGCUUUCUUGACCAUGGCACCUGGAGCACCUGCUGUGGCGGCCGUUUGUCUCUCGGCCAACACUGCAUUGAGCUUUACUCAGGGAUAUACCACCACAGCUGCCAUUGGAGGGGCUGAUAUGCCCGUCGUCAUCACCGUGCUCAACGCAUAUUCCGGGUUCGCAUUGGUCGCCGAGGGAUUCAUGCUGGACAAUCCACUCCUCUUAACUGUAGGAUCGCUGAUUGGCGUCAGCGGUUCUAUCCUGUCAUAUAUCAUGUGUGUCGCCAUGAACCGAUCCCUCACAAACGUUCUUUUCGGCGGAAUCGCCCCCAUCGCCCAGACCAACCAAGAAGUCAAGGGACAAGUGGUCAAGACGACCGUCGAAGAUACCGUGGACGCACUGGCCAGUGCCGAGAAUGUGAUUGUUGUCGUCGGCUACGGCAUGGCAGUCGCCAAAGCGCAAUACGCCAUCGCGGAAAUCACUUCCUUGCUCCGCAGCAAGGGCGUCAACGUCCGGUUCGCCAUCCACCCCGUCGCAGGCCGGAUGCCAGGCCAAUGUAACGUUUUGCUCGCUGAAGCAUCUGUCCCCUACGAUAUUGUUUUGGAAAUGGACGAGAUCAACGACGAUUUCCCGGACACGGACGUGACGCUGGUCAUUGGCGCAAAUGAUACGGUGAAUCCACUGGCUCUUGAACCGGGGUCGCCGAUUGCGGGUAUGCCGGUGUUGCAUGCUUGGAAGAGCAAGAAUGUUAUUGUUAUGAAGAGGGGGAUGAGUAGUGGUUAUGCCGACGUCCCCAAUCCAAUGUUUUACAUGCCCGGCACGAGAAUGCUGUUCGGCGACGCCAAACAGACUUGUGAUGCGAUCAAGGCUGCGUUGGAGACGAGGUAUAAAGCCCAGUUUCAUGUCUAG